GACUGGCUUGCCGUAUGAGUCAAUAAACGAGGAUUUGCUCGGCAGACUCGGCAACGUCUUGCACUUUGAAGGGCGGUUGAAAUAUGUUGCACUGCCGCGGCUGACUGUCGCGAACGAUGCAGAUGAAAUCAGUGAAGUGAUUGGGGUCAACGAUCAGGGACAACAAGAUAUGAUUGUCGAGCGGUAAGUGACCAAGACAUACCAAGUUGACUCUUCCGUAGAUGAUGCUAAAGCGAACACCAAAAUAGCCGGGGUAAACCCAAACCUAAGGCCAGAGGGCUUUAGCACAUGUGCACCAUUUUUCGUUGGCUCAAGGAGCUUCACGUCAAAUCCGUUAUGAAGGUGACGGUCAUGGACGAAGGAAAACUCUCUCACUCUGACGAAGCCAUUGAAAGGUGUAUGGGUGGCCUGGACGUGAAGAUAUGGAACUGGCGCCGGGUAGAUCUUUGCAUCGAUGUCAUAGCAAAUUCGGCGCCGAAUGUCACAGACGUAACUUUGUACUCGUCAGGAAAUAAUGCCGUGUUUGUUGGAUGGUCAAGCAUAGGUGGGCUCCCAAAGUUGAAGAAGCUGAGGAAAGUCCGUAUAUUCGUCAAAGACAGCCUUGAGACCCCGACAAAGCUACAAGAGUACCAAAAGAGAUUCAAACAGGAACUUCUCGGACAUAGACCAGACCUGAAAUUAUACUGGCCCACACAGGAUCGCUCCGUCUUCCAAGGCUCAAGUUCCGUAAAGACUUCAGGAGAGCCGAAAUGGAUAAAAACGAUGAAACAAUUUGCCGAGUUUCUCCGCUCCACCAAGCCCAAACCACCCGUCACACCGGUCAAGAUCGCCAUUAUUGACGACGGCAUAGACAGCACCCAGAAAAUCUUCACUGAGAGGAUUCAAACCGGCGAAUCGUUCUACGCGGCUGGCUCACGCUGGAAAGGCGCCUACUACGUGCCUACUGGGUCCCACGGCACGCUCAUGGCCCAGCUCAUUUGCGCCGUUUGCCCUGAAACCGUGGCCAAACUCUACAUUGCCCAGCUGGAGCCUGUGCCAAGAAGCGAUGGACGCCGUGGGUUCACGCCACAGAGCGCAAUCGAAGCCAUCGAAUGGGCGGUUAGCCGAAGCGUGGACAUCAUUUCAAUGAGCUGGAGCAUUGAUCUGGACCCAGGAAGCAGCGACAUCAACAGGCUGAAGUCUGCCUUGGACAAGGCUCGCGCCCAAAAUAUUGUCAUGUUUUGCUCCAGCAUUGAUGAGGGCCCCGUGGGGGAUGACAACACGUACCCCGGUAAGGAGGGGAGCUGUAUCAAGAUCGGGGCAUCGACGGGAGAUGGUUCGAGACUCUCUUGGGUAUCAGCAAAGUCAAGCGACUUUCUGCUGCCGGGAGACGAAUCCGUGCACUUUAGCCUUCAGGAGAAUGGGCAAAGUAUUAGCGCGAGCAGACGUGCCGGCUAUGGGAGCGAAGUGCCGCCUGGCGGAAGCUCUAUAUCGACGGCGCUGGCAGCGGGCCUGGCAGGGGUUGUGAUGUUUUGCGAUCGGUUGAUCCACUCGUCUAAUGAUGGGACAUUGGUUGGAUCGAACUAUUUCGAAAAUCCGGCCGCGAUGAAGCGAGCCUUCACAAUCAUGGCGGCGAAGUCAGACGACAAAAACUUCCCAAGAGUGUGGAGGUUCAUACCGUCGCAUUGGGAAAACCCCCUGCCGCCAGACGAAGCCAACAGUAGAGGUUGUAAAGCUGAAAAGCGCGAAUUGAAAUGGAACGAGGAUGCCUAUCCAGAAGACACGGAGGAGACCAAGAAACAGCUGAUGAAGUUCCUGAACAAACUGAAGUCGGAUGAUAAGGAUGAAUAGUGUUUUACUUCAGCCCAUCACCAAACAAUUCGGGGGCUGUCCGGUCAGGCGGUAGAGCGGUAGUGGAAAUCUCGCCUUACUGUGCAGAGGAAUUG